AUGGCAUUUGAUGUAGUUCUACUAUUUGUCUCUACAGAGAACAUAAUGUCUCUCAACAGUGACAGCCGUCAAAAUAAUUAUUCACAAAGCCAGGCUUCCGGUCAGGAGGAGAGCUUGAAGGAGGAAGAUAAGAAUUCACUGAAGACUGAGAAGAAGAAGAGAAGAAGAAGAAGAAGAAGAAGAAGAAGAGAAGAAGAAGAAGAGAAUAAUUGGUGUCAUGGGAGAAUCUCCUUUUCAUUUAGAGGCUCUGGAUCUCGGUUCGAUCCUUCCAGAAGUGACGUCAUUUCUCUCAGCCAAGAAGAAGACGACGACGACGACGACGAAGACGACGAGGAGGAGGAGGAGGAGGAGGAGGAGGUUGAGGUUGAAGAAGAAGAAGAAGAAGAAGAAGAAGAAGAAGAAGAAGAAGAAGAAGAAGAAGAAGAAACGUGA